AUGCAGUCAUGCAAUCCUGUCGCCACUCCAGUUGAUACCAAUGCUAAACUCGGUGCUUCGGGUGAUGUGUUUCAUGACCCCACUCUUUACUGCAGUCAUGCUGGGGCACUCCAAUAUCUCACCUUCACUCGACCGGAUAUCACAUAUGCUGUUCAGCAGGUGUGCAUGCACAUGCACCCCCCCACGCAAUCUCAUUGGAAUGCCUUAAAGCGGAUAAUUCAAUAUAUUAAAGGCACAUAUUUGUUUGGUAUCACUUUGGGCUGCUAUUUCACUCCUUCUCUAACCGCUUACACAGAUGCUGACUGGGCGGGUUGCCCUGAUACGAGACGGUCUACUAGCGGCUACUGUAUCUACUAUGGUGAUAAUCUGCUUUCCUGGUCUUCUAAGCGUCAAACUACCGUCUCCAGAUCCAGUGCAGAAGCCGAAUAUCAUGCUGUUGCAAAUGUCGUUGCUGAAAUCUGCUGGCUUCGUAACCUCCUUCUCGAGCUGUAUCAGCUGUUAUCUCGUGCCACUCUCAUCUAUUGUGACAACCAAAGGAAGGCAUAUAGUUUUGCACAUUUAGCUUAG